GAGCAAAUCUUAUAUUUUUCUCAAAAAUUUUGGAUUGUAUAUUACCUUCAAAAGAGCAAAAGUUGGCAGUCCUCAGAAUUUGCAACCAACUUCACGUUUUUUUCAGGGCUACUGUAGCACAUUAAAAUAUUGUGGUAUUCUCUACGUCUUGCGAAGUAACCAAAUCACAACCAUGGCCGACAAAGCUGCUGCUGAAAAACCCGUUGGACGUCCAAUGAAAUAUCCAUACACUUUCUCGGCUAAAUUGGCCCAGUUCCCAAUCAAGCAUUAUAUUAAGAAUCAGUGGAUCUGGCGCUAUUACUUUAUUUCAGUGGUUGCUUGUAUUCCUGUCUUCUACAAGAUCAGCAAGUUGGCCAACUCGCCCGAAAACAAGAAGGCCUGGGCUGAAAGCCAAGCGAAGGAGGCUGCCUCGCACCAUUGAUUUGCUAAGCUAUGCGGUGCUGUCAUUGAUUUAGUUGUUUAAAGUUGCAUCUAUAUACAUUUCAAAGCUGCAUCAGUUGGCUUAACAUGAAUAUUGAUUGGUGAAUAAAUGAUUUAAAGCGGA